GUCACUCUGAGACGGUGCUUGAAGUUGGGAGCGCCCAUGGCAAAGAGCAAGUUCGAAUACGUGCGGGACUUCGAGGCUGACGACACAUGCCUGGCCCACUGCUGGGUGGUGGUGCGGCUGGAUGGCAAGAAUUUCCAUCGAUUUGCUGACAAGCACAACUUUACAAAACCUAAUGACAGCCGUGCUCUCCAUCUAAUGACCAAAUGUGCCCAGACUGUAAUGGAAGAACUGGAGGAUAUUGUGAUUGCAUAUGGACAGAGUGAUGAGUACAGCUUUGUGUUCAAGCGGAAAAGCAAUUGGUUUAAAAGAAGAGCCAGGCUUUGAUGGAAGAGUUGUGGUGUAUCCUAGUAACCAGACCUUAAAGGACUAUCUCAGCUGGCGGCAAGCAGAUUGUCAUAUCAAUAAUCUUUAUAAUACAGUUUUCUGGGCACUUGUACAGCAGUCUGGAUUAACACCAGUACAGGCCCAAGAGAGAUUACAGGGAACUCUUGCAGCAGACAAGAAUGAGAUUUUAUUUUCUGAAUUCAACAUAAACUACAAUAAUGAGCCACUGAUGUAUAGGAAGGGGACUGUGUUGAUAUGGCAGAAGGUGGAUGAAGUCACGACAAGAGAAGUUACGCUGCCAGCAGAAAUGGAAGGAAAAAAGAUGGUGGUGACCCGGACCAGGACUAAGGCGGUGCCCUUACACUGUGACAUCAUUGGGGAUGCUUUCUGGAAGGAACAUCCAGAGAUCCUAGAUGAAGACAGCUGACCCUUUGCUUUUCAAUCCUGGCAUGCUUGACCAUGUAGGGCCCCCAUAUCUGGCCUUAGGUGGCCCUAGCAUCUGUGCAAUGCAGAACAGUGUCCUGGGAGUGACGUGACUCUGGUUGGGAGGGGAACAGAGAAAGAAGGGAUGGAUGUGGGCGGUGUAUCUUGUCCUGCUUUAAGUGGAACACCUUUUUUUUUUUUUUUUUUUUUUGCAGUGUUGAAAUGUUCCUUUGGUAAAAGUGUGUUUAAAAAAAAUCGUGGUACUAUUUUUAUAAAGCAAGAACUAUUUUAUGCCUCACAGAAUGAAUCAUUUUUAGAUUGUGGCAUAAGUCUUAUAAAAACCUGUCAAGCUCUUUUCACUUAUGAUAGAAGAUGAGCCCAAACCUUACUCUCGCCCACCUGUUCUUAGCCACAGACUCCAGUGACGCGUGUUAACCUCACCUUUGCCACCCAUCUACUUGCAUUCAUCUUUGCCAGACGUGGAUGCCUGCUCAAUGCCUCUGAAUUCAGGAAUUCCAGGGCAAACUCAGGGCUUUGUGCCAAUCUGCAAAUUGGCAGCUUGAGCUGAACAAACGAGUUGUAGUCUGGAUGUGCUUGUGUGACCAUCCUGUAGGUGGGUUUUGUGGAGCUGUUCGCGUGACCAUCAUCAUCGGCUUGCCAGGGGCAGUGAUUACAAGGCCGCUUACCCCUUUCUAAGA